GUAAGUAACAGUCAACUAAACAUGGAAGGUGCCUUGACUAUUCGAGAGAAAGUGGGGAUACAAGACUUUGUACUACUCGAUUCAUUCACAAGUGAGGAUGCCUUUUUAGACAACCUCCGUAAGCGCUUCCGGGAGAACAUUAUUUAUACAUAUAUUGGAAAUCUCUUGGUGUCCGUGAAUCCAUACAAAGACCUUGAUAUCUAUAAUACCUAUCAGAUGGAGCUCUAUCAAGGAAUGAAUUUGUUUGAACUUCCCCCUCACAUCUAUGCCAUUGCCGAUAACGCUUACAGAGUAAUGUGUGGUGAAUGCAGCAAUCAAUUCAUAUUGAUCUCAGGGGAGAGUGGCUCUGGGAAGACUGAGACAUCAAAGAAAAUUCUGCAGUACUAUGCCUUUACAUGUCCAAUCACAGAGCAGCUUGAAAUGAUCCGUGAUCGGCUUCUUCUGUCAAAUCCCGUUCUAGAGGGAUUUGGGAAUGCAAAGACUUUACGCAAUGAUAACUCAAGCCGGUUUGGAAAAUACAUGGACAUCCAGUUUAAUUUUGAAGGUGCUCCAGUGGGCGGUCACAUCAUAAGCUACCUGUUGGAGAAGUCAAGAGUUGUUCACCAGAACCAUGGAGAAAGGAACUUCCAUAUCUUCUACCAGCUGGUAGAGGGAGGUGAAGAUGAACUGUUACAAAGUCUUGGACUAGAAUGCAACUCAGAACAUUACUACUACCUUGUACAGGGUGAAUGUGCCAAAGUUACUUCCAUUAAUGACAAGUCAGACUGGAAGACUGUACGAAAAGCCUUCUCUGUUACUGAGUUUGAUGAAAAUGACACUGAGCAUCUGCUUGGUAUCAUUGCCAGUGUCUUGCACCUUGGGAACAUUGAAUACAGAGAAGAUGAAAAAGGAAAUGCCAUUAUCACGAAUGACACCCAUGUCCGAUGGCUUUCUAAGUUACUUGGAGUACCUCUUGCAGUGUUGGAAGAAGCACUCAUAUGUAGAAAGAUUGAUGCCAGAACAGAAGAGGUUUUAAGUCCACUGAGCAUAGACAUGUCUAUGUAUGUUCGUGAUGCCUUAGCCAAAGCUAUUUAUGGCCGAACUUUCACUUGGUUGGUCAAUAUAAUUAAUAAUUCAUUAGCUAAUAAGGAUCCAAGUAGAAAAACAGUAAUUGGUCUGCUGGAUAUCUAUGGAUUUGAAGUAUUUGAAAUGAACAGCUUUGAACAAUUCUGCAUUAACUACUGCAAUGAAAAACUGCAUCAGCUGUUAAUAGAAUUAACAUUAAAGUCCGAGCAGGAAGAGUACCAGAUGGAAGGAAUUAAGUGGGAGCCGGUCCAUUACUUCGAUAAUAAGAGUAUAUGUGACCUUAUCGAGGAGCGGCACAGAGGAAUCAUCUCCAUCCUGGAUGAAGAAUGUAUGCGACCUGGUGAUGCUACAGAUCUAACCUUCUUGGACAAACUGGAAGAAAAGUUAGGAUAUCACCCUCACAUUGUGACACAAAAAUUUGCAGAUCAGAAGGUACGGAAGAACAUGGAGAGGGCAGACUUCAAGAUCCUUCAUUAUGCAGGAGAGGUUACCUAUAAUGUACUAGGGUUUUUGGAUAAGAACAAUGACCUCUUGUUUCGACAUAUUAAAGAGCUAAUGUGCAACGCAAAAAAUCAUAUUAUCAAACAAUGCUUUUUUACAUCAGAGCUGGAUAACAGGAAGAGGCCAGAAACGGUUGCAACACAAUUCAAGAACAGUCUUGCUGGGUUAUUAGACAUCCUGACGUCCAAGGUGCCUUCAUAUAUCCGAUGUAUAAAGCCCAAUGAUGACAAGGAGCCUGGCAAGUUUAAUGAUAUGUUGGUUAAGCACCAAGUUAAGUAUCUAGGACUAAUGGAACACCUGCAGGUGAGGCGUGCAGGAUUUGCAUACCGUAGAAAGUAUGAGCCCUUCUUGCAGCGGUACAAGUCCCUGUGUCCAGAUACAUGGCCUCAUUGGAAUGGUCCAACUCCUGAGGGUGUUGAAAGGCUGCUGAAACAUCUUGGGAACACAUCAGAAGACUACAAGUUAGGAAGAACCAAAAUUUUCAUUCGUUUUCCAAAGACGCUGUUUGCCAUUGAAGAUGCAUUCCAGUUAAGAAAACAUGAACUUGUUACAGCCAUACAAGCCAGAUACAAAGGAUGCAGAGGAAGGAGAGACUUCUUGAAACAAAAGAAUGCAGCUGUGAAGAUUGAAGCUGGUUUCAGAGGAAUACUAGCCCGGAAAGAAGCAAAAAGAAGAGCGUGGGCAAUAGAAAUAGUUAAAAAGUUUAUUAGAGGCUUCAUCUACAGGAAUCAACCACUCUGUCCAGAAAAUGCAGAAUUUGUCAUCUUUGUUCGACACAAUUACCUUACAAGACUUAGGAACAAUCUGCCAAAAAAUGUCUUGGAUAAGAUUUGGCUAAAACCUCCCACUAUAGCUAUAGAGACCUCAGAAAUGUUGCAAAAACUCUGUCAGAGAAACAUGGUGCGGAAAUAUGUCCGAGGUAUCACUCCACAACGUAAAGCUCAGCUGCAGCAGAAGCUAAUUGCCAGUGAGAUUUUUAAGGGAAAGAAGGAAGGUUAUGUACAGAGUGUGGCCAGACCUUUUGCUGACACCAGGCUCAGUGAACAAGAUGUAAACGUCAAAGUUAUGCAGCUAAUCCGAAAUAUUAAGUAUGGAGUUCCAGUGAUUAAGAUUGACAGGAAUGGCUUCAAGCAACGGCAACGUCAGCUCAUCCUAACCCAGACAACAGCCUACAUUGUGGAGGAGGCCAAGAUCAAACAAAAAAUUGAGUAUGCAACUCUUAAAGGUAUUUCUGUCAGUAGUCUGAGCGACGGAAUUCUUGUCAUUCAUGUUCCUUGUGAGGACAACAAACAGAAAGGUGAUGCAAUCUUGCUGUGUGAGCACAUCUUUGAGACAGCUAUAAAGUUAUGCACAUUAGCAAAGAAACAGAAUGCACUGAAAAUUGUUCAGGGAAGCCUUCAGUUCACAAUUCAUCCUGGCACAGAAGGAACAAUUGAUUUCAGCACAGGUCAGCAACCUCAGAUCUACAAAGCCAAAAAUGGACACCUGAUGGUGGUGUCACCCAGAAUGAAGUCACGAUGAUUUUUAUGAAAUACAUUGAAAUUUUGGAUUUUUAAGUACCUCAGAUCGCCUGUGAAUUCAAAAUGGUCAGAUACAAAGACAACGUGUAUGUCCUUCUUGUCAGCUCUUUGCAUAACCCCAGAAGACAACACUGUACAGAUUCUGCUUUGGAGACAAAAUCAGGCAACAUUGCAGAAAUGUAACUUAGCCUGGCAAACUAUUCAUACAUUACUAAUAUAAUGAGUCCUGCAAUUCCAUCAUAUUCCAGUUUCUAGUCCUUCAGAAAUCCAUGCUAUAGAUAUUACCAUAAUUCAUUCUGUUACUAACCUGCCAGUUUCAUCCAUUGCUUUCAAGAUACUACGGGAUGGUAUAACUGCGAUUUUGGUUAAGAUAGUAAUGUAUAACUUAUAAAAAAAAAAAAAUAUAUAUAUAUAUAUAUAUAUAGAGAGAGAGAGAGAGAGAUUUAUUUAUCUGCCAUCAUUUUUCUUACAACACAUGAGGGAUAAACUGCAUAUUCAUAAAUAAUAAUUUUGGGAGCAAGAAAAGCAAAGAAAAAGUGAUGCCAAGAGAAUAUUAACAGUUCAGUGCAACAUACUUUCUUGAAUGUUUGUAUAAGUUACUUGGUGCAACAUAGUAAGAUAACAUUUGAUUAUUUAGUCCAUUCUGUAUGGCAGAAACUCUACAUAAAAUAUACUGCACUGUAUCCAUGCAGUCUCAGCUAUAGUUAUGAGGUAGACAUGUUAAAAUGUAUCCAUGCAGUUCCAGCUAUAGUUAUGAGGUUGACAUGUUAAAAAGAGUCAAUGUUAGUAUUUGAAUAAGUCAUAACACUAGCCACUGGAGCGGUAACUAGAUACUAUUGGCUGAUGGUUUUUGCCAGAAGUACUAAAUGUGCAAUACCAUGCAUUUUUUGUGUUAUAAUUUGGUACACCAGCACCAGAUUUCUACAGUCUUGUUCCUUCACAGACAGCCAAAGUAUGCAAACAUAUCACUCCUUUCACACAACAUACAAGCAAAACUGAUUCCUUCUGAUGGCAAGGCAUUUUUCACAGGCUGAAACAACACAGCCUCUAAUGUAAAAAGCAAAGCAAAGCAAAAAAAAGUGCACAAACUUAACAGUGGCCAACUUAAAUAAAACCCUAGCAUUUUCAGAUCACUGAAUUUUAUCAAUACACUCUCAGGAAAUGCAUUUUUUUCUGUAAUAUAGAAUGGGACUGUUGCCUUUACCAUAGUACUCAUUCCAAUUGUAAUUUGGAACAAAAAAUGUAGUCUUUGUAAAAGUUCUUAGUGAAGCAAAUGUAUGUAUUUAUUUAAGAUUAUAUAUGUCAUAUAAUUAAAGUAGUCAUUCUUUGUAUCUGCAUGCUGCAACCAAGUCAUCACAAUCCUUGCCUACUGCCUGUGUUUGUAUAUUUUGUUUCAUUCACUUGUACUCACAGUGAUUGAACCUUAACAUAGUUGUUUUUUUCUACCAUGCUUUAUCCUGUAAAUAUAA